ACACGCGAUAGCCUUGCUCCUUAUAAACAGUUAACGUCGUGUCACUGAUCUUCCGUGCUAUACACGCAGACGUUCCUGUAUCGGUGGCGUGCGGUCUAGAGCUCGAGAGAGCGAGAUCGUCGAUUGAGCGCAACGACACGCGAUAAUUGAACUUGUCAAAUUAAGCUAUGGCGCGUACCAAGCAAACGGCCCGUAAAUCAACGGGAGGAAAAGCUCCCCGUAAACAACUCGCCACCAAGGCGGCCAGGAAAAGCGCGCCGUCCACUGGUGGUGUGAAGAAGCCACAUCGUUACAGGCCCGGUACUGUGGCUCUUCGAGAAAUCCGAAGAUAUCAGAAAUCGACCGAGUUGCUGAUCAGAAAGUUGCCGUUCCAGCGGCUGGUGCGUGAAAUCGCGCAGGAUUUCAAGACCGACUUGCGUUUUCAAAGCGCCGCCAUCGGCGCCUUGCAGGAAGCCUCCGAAGCGUACCUCGUCGGUCUCUUCGAAGACACCAACCUGUGCGCGAUCCACGCAAAGCGCGUGACCAUUAUGCCUAAGGAUAUCCAGCUGGCUCGGCGAAUCCGUGGCGAGCGUGCUUAAGAGACGCUAUUUAACUGUCAUACAUACCGUUUACAAACAUUAUUAUUAUUAAUUAUUAUUAUUAUUAUUCUAAUUCUAAUUAUUAUACCGUUCGCAACCAUUGUGGAUGAAGCAUUUUCAUUCCAAUCUCUGCAUAUUAUACUUUGCUCUUAUAGAUAUAUACGCGGUAUGUGUCUCGCGGUGAUCUCGUUCAUCACCGAGAAUUUCACGAUUUCGCAAUCUAUUCGAACAAUCAAUAUCACUUUUCUUUCUUUUUUUCUCUCGUAAAUUCACGUGUUUAACCAGUCUUCUCGGCUUAUAUCACUUGUACCACUUGUAUGUUUAUGUUUAUUUAUGGGAUUUUUAAUUUGCAACAUUAUCCGUCUACCGGAAUUUUAUAGCAGAUAAUUUUAUUUAAGUUACUAGUUCUUUUCUAGAGGUAAGAUGCACCGAAAUUAGAAAGCAGCAAAAUCUUUUUCUUUUAUCACUAUUAUCACUUAUCUUAUUAUUGUCGUUAAUAUUAUGCAUAAUAUAAUGUCAUCAUAAAUAUCUAGAAAAAAAAGUGUGCACUAGAAUAAGACAUCUUCAUAGUGAUCCGAUGUAGUGCUUAAUGCGUUAGAUCUCUCCAAUUGUACCCGAGUUAACAUAAAUCGUUUUGAUCAUCUAUAAACAUUGUGUAAAAAUUUGUGUAAAAAUAAACGCAUUUCGUAAAUAAA